AUGCCCGACUUAUUUCUUCCACCCCCUUACCCGCCCACUCAACCCCUCUGCUGCUGGCGGCUGGCGCUGGUGCUGGUUCCUGGUGCUGGCGGCUGGUGCUGGUGCUGGUUCCUGGUGCUGGCGCUGGCGCUGGUGCUGGUGCUGGUUCCUGGUACUGGCGGCUGGCGCUGGUGCUGGUUCCUGGUGCUGGCGGCUGGCGCUGGUGCUGGUUCCUGGUGCUGGCGGCUGGCGCUGGUGCUGGUUCCUGGUGCUGGCGGCUGGCGCUGGUGCUGGUUCCUGGUGCUGGCGGCUGGCGCUGGUGCUGGCGGCUGGUGCUGGUGCUGGUUCCUGGUGCUGGCGGCUGGCGCUGGUGCUGGUUCCUGGUGCUGGCGGCUGGCGCUGGUGCUGGUUCCUGGUGCUGGCGGCUGGUGCUGGUGCUGGUUCCUGGUGCUGGCGGCUGGUGCUGGUUCCUGGUGCUGGUGCUGGUUCCUGGUGCUGGCGCUGGUGCUGGUGCUGGUUCCUGGUGCUGGCGGCUGGCGCUGGUGCUGGUUCCUGGUGCUGGCGGCUGGUGCUGGUGCCUGGGCAGGGACAGGUGGGGAAGAGGUGGCGGGGUGGGGAGCUGACGACGGGCUUGCUCGCGGGCUCGCGGGUCCGCUGGUUCGUUUACUGGCGGGGUUACGGGUCGUGGACGAUCUGUAG